AUGGCUCACAAGAACUCGACGAAGCGACACCAUUCCGUACAGCAGUCACCGCUUCUGAGAUUGCCUCGUGAGAUCCGCGAUGAGAUCUACUACUUCGCCCUUUGUACACAGGGCUCAGCACAGUUGGUCCACCCUAGAGGACGAAAUUUGAAAGAGGCGCUGACGUCUGGAUACUUCGCAAUCAAGCCUGAGCCGCGCUAUCCACCACGGCCGCCAUCGCGUACGAAAUACAACGAAGGCUUGAGCAGAGAUGGCCCCACUCGCAAAGCAACUGACAGCAAUGCUUUGACUGCUCAAGCUGUGGAACGCGGCUUAGAUGAUAAGCAAAAGCAUCCUAAAGAACUCCCCGGCUUCACCGAGGAAGAAUACAACACUGCAUUUGCGCAGUUCCAAAAGUCGCCAUACUACCGAACCGCAAGCGAGAGCUGUGAAUACGAUGUCUUCAAAGACGCUGACCUGCACUCCGACGAUGGUUACGACUCAGAUGAAGGCGACGAAGACGGCGACGAAGAUUCACCACGGUACGAGCUAGAAGCAUUCUGUCCCAUCAACCUCGCUCUGCUCUUCACCAACGAGCAGAUCUAUGCGGAAGCAAUGCCUAUAUUCUACAGCGGCGUGACCUUCAUUGUCGACGUUGAAGGCAAAGCGGCAUUACGCUUCUUCCGAUCCUUGCCCGCUCCAGCACGAGAAAGUAUCACCACGCUAGCCUUCAAUAGUGGCGCUCUCUUCGCAGAUGACUACCAUCGCUAG